AAGCACAUUCAUGCGUUACAUGCCAUAAACGAGUGAAGAAAAAUGAAGGAAGAUUUCUGCACGGCAAGAAAAAUAAAGAUCUCAGAAAGUUUUUAUCCAAGACUUUUGUCACGGACAUAGUUGAGAAUGACAUUGUCUGCAAUCGAUGUCGACAACAGUACUACUGUUCUCAUACAAGACCUGAUAUUCCUAGAACAUCCAGUGCUUCUGACAGUCCUAACAAAGGAAACGGUGUUCCACCCAUUACAAUUCCGGUGUCUUCUGCAGGAUACAGACAUGAUGCAUGUGUCAUAUGUGAGAAAAAGGCCCGCUAACUAGUUGUUGUUCCAGAAAAAGCAAGGUGUGAGAUGUUCGUACAAAAUUUUAUUUUUAUGAAGCCUGGAGCUAGGCACGUGUUGCCCGUGUCACAUUCAUGAUGGCCAUUUUGUUGAAGAUGUCUUAAAAUCAGGUGUCGCAACGAGUCUUCGCUGUUACACGUCCUUCGAUGAGAUUGGUCUUGCUCAGUUUCUUGAAAGCUUGCGAGAUGUAGCAAAACACAAUGGUGCUGUUCGACUUAACUUCGACAAUGAUUCCCAUAUGUCUGAUAAGGAUUACAUCAAUCUAACGGGUUUAGAUAGAACACAAUUUAACGAAGUUGUCAGCCACAGUCAAGAUAUAAAGACUUCUAAAUCUAGAAGUAUUAGAACAUGCAUUGCCGUCUUACUCGUCAAACUAAGAUGUGGCCUUGAAAACAUUAUGUUUACCCUUUUCAACAUGAAAAAGUGGCAGAUUCGUGGUGCUAUAUCAUCUGCACGGAGGGCAAUAUUAAAAGAUUUUGUCCCUCAAAAUCUUGGAUUUGGUCAUGUGACUAAAGAAGACGUUAUAUCCAACCACACUAGACCAUUGGCGAAAGAGCUUUUUUUCCCUUUGUUAUAAAGAAGACCCACAUGUCCUACUUGUUCUUGACGGGACGUACAUUUAUGUACAGAAAUCAUGUAACUUCAGAUUUUCAAGGCGCUCCUUCAGCAUGCACAAAUACAGGCCAUUAGUGAAACCGAUGAUGGUAGUAACUACGUCAGGAUAUGUGGUAUCUGUCCUGGGGCCGUACCUCGCCGACUCGAAGAACAACGAUGCCGGAAUCUUAAAUCACAUGAUCCGGAACAACACCGAGGAAAUGCGAGACUGGCUCCAGGAUAGUGACACAUUCCUUGUAGAUCGUGGAUUUCGGGAUAGUUCCGAGGUGCUUGGUGACAUUGGUAUCAACAUGGAAAUGCCUUGCUUCAUACAGAGAGGUACAUCUCAACACACCACACAGGAAGCUAACCAUUCACGCUUAAUAACUAAGGUAAGAUGGGUAGUUGAGUCGGCCAUUGCGAGGUUGAAGAGGUGGAAAUAUCUGAAUCAUGUCAUACCAAAUACACAGAUUCCCUUCAUUGGCGACUACGUAAGGAUCGUCUGUGCCCUAUGCAACAGAUUUACUUCUGCCUUAAGUUCUGGCAAUGAGGAGGAGGAUCAGUCCAUUGCCCUAAAAAUGCUGCAUCUCUCUAAGCGGACAAACGAGCUACAGGAAUUUGUAGAAAGUAAUGGACUGUCCAACAGGACAUAUUCAUGGCAAAAAAUUGAUGCAGCCGGUUUUGCGCAAGACUUCCGAAAACUGUCCGAUUCCGAAAUUCGCCAGUUAACGCCAGGAGUGUACCAAGUAAAAAUGGUAAAAGCAUACACUCAGGAACACUUAUAGGAUGACGGUACAUACGGAAUCCUUGUGAACGAAGUCCUGGAUGGUAUUAUUGGAGCCAAAAUUCAGAGCCGCCAUGUCAGUUCCAAAAAAUACUCCUGUUGGGUAAAGUACGAAGAUGGAGUUAUCAUUUCGUGGUAUGGUAAGUGUAAAGCUGGCGCACGUAUUGUUGGUUGCUGUGGACAUAUAACAAGCGUGAUUUGGUUUCUAUCGCAUGCCCGACAUCAGGAUAAGCCCGUGCAAGGAGUGCGUGAUUGGUCAGAACACCUCGAGGACGCAGCUCGCGUGAUCGACGAUUCUGACAGCGGCGAGGAGAGCUCAACUGAAGAAUAGAUUGUCUAGUUACAUGUAUUUUCUUGCAGUGAUAUUUUUCACGUUUAUC